GACUUUUCAGUGCGGCGUCCCUGAUCAAAAGGAUAGCAUCAUCAACACUAGGUGUUGGGUAAAGGAUCACGCCACACGGCGUUCAAGAGGAAAUUAAAUGGGUAAAGACGAAACAACUAUUUUUGUCGAGCGUCCCUUGUUUGGGUUGGGCGGCUAUUGUUUUAUGCUUUUUUUUCACCUGGGAAUAUUACACGACAGUGAAUAUGGGUACGGAUCAUGGAGUUAUUUCUUAUGUAUCAUCACGGGUUCUAUCCUAAUCCAGACUUUAUUGCAUUUGGGGCCGCAAGUUUCAUGUACUAUGCCGUGCUAUUUGGUAGUCUGUGAGGCCCGCAAUCAAACUUCGACGAUGGCAUGUUUUGAGAACGCAGACGCUUGUCAACUCAAGGCCAUGAAUGUUUAAGCUACAUCAGAAUGCCAGUGUUACUACAGUGCCACUAGGUCAAGUGCUGUUACCCAAUGAUGUAACCGGUAAUUCGGGAACAUGUCGGAAGGGAAGGUGCUCAUGGCGCUUUCCGAGAUGGUGUUGCAGAUAAUUCUUCGAGCUAUGUGUUGCUAUAGACGUUACAUAGCAAGCGG